UUCUCUCUCUUUGUUCUCCAUUUCUUCUCAAUAUCCUCCACUAAGUUCUCUCUUUACUUUUCUAUUCGCUCCUAGGGUUUGAAAUUCUCGUGUGUGUGUUUUUCCUCAUAAAAUAUAUUUUUCGCUUCAAAAAAUAUACAUAUUUUCUGCUCAUGGGUAUUUUGAAGUUUUAAUUUUCCUCAUAAUUAAUCAUAUCAUAGUUUAUUAUAGCUUAGUGUUCUGUUCACUACUUUUGUUGUUGUUAUUGUUCUCAUUUAUGGCUGGUUUGGACUUAGGUUCAGCUUCUCAUCAUCGUUUUCUCCCUCAUCAUCUCCAAAGACCACACGAUCCUCAAGAUGAGGAAAUCAAUCGGAACAAUAAUCAAUUUUCCGAUGACAACAACAACAACAGCGAUAAUAAUAGCCCGUCUCAUCAUCAACAAGGGGGAGAUAUUGUAGCACGCAGACCAAGAGGCCGGCCAGCAGGCUCGAAAAACAAGCCUAAGCCUCCCGUGAUAAUAACACGGGAGAGCGCAAACGCGUUGCGUGCGCAUAUUUUAGAAGUGAGUAGUGGACAUGACGUGUUUGAAUCGGUAGCAAAUUACGCUAGAAAAAGGCAAAGGGGAAUAUGUAUACUGAGUGGGAGUGGUACUGUGAAUAACGUCACCAUACGGCAGCCAGCAGCUGCCGGUUCUGUGGUGACGUUACAUGGAAGAUUCGAGAUACUAUCGUUAUCUGGAUCUUUCUUACCACCUCCAGCUCCACCAGGAGCUACUAGCUUGACGAUUUAUUUAUCUGGUGGACAAGGUCAAGUUGUUGGUGGAAAUGUUGUGGGUGCACUAAUAGCAUCAGGACCGGUUAUUGUUAUUGCUUCUUCAUUUACUAAUGUUGCUUAUGAGAGAUUGCCUUUGGAUGAAGAGAAUGAGUCAAUUCAGAUUCAGCAACAAGGUGGAGUGUCAACACAAAGUGAUAAUUUUGCUGAUCCAUCAAAUAUUGGACUACCUUUUCUUAAUUUGCCACUCAAUAUGCCAAAUGGUGGUCAACUACAAAUGGAAAGUGUAGGGGGAGGAGAAGGAGGGUGGAUUGGAAAUUCAACAAACAGGCCACAAUAUUAGGUCAGGUUUUAUCAAGAAUUUUUACCUUUUGAUGAUGAAAAGAUUUCAGAAAAAUCUCAAUGGAUAUUAUCUAUUGUACAUUAUUAAGCCUGGUUUUCUAGCUACUUUGACUGUUUUGAAAAUUUAUCCUUAUGAUUCUUGUGAAAAAAAUCCUACUUCUUGUUGUUGUGUUUUUUUUUGGGAA